CUCAGAUGGAGCGGACUUAGCGGAAGUGCAAGAAGCGGGCCCACUACGACCUUCUCGACUCGAUCAAAACCGUUUUCAACCGGCGGCGGUGGAGAACGCAGGCGCGAACGCUGCGAAAUUGUUACCGCUGCGCAUGCGCAGACAGGCCGUACUUGUUGUUGCGGUGGCUCGGCUUAAUUACUAGCGCCCCCCGCCUUGGGAGCCCGGAUCUUAGUGGUUUGUCUGCAUUUUUCAUCGGUCGCCAGUGUGUGUGCGCUAGUGGCCAUCUCUCUGGGAAAACAUUCUUCCCGAGCGGAGCUUUCUUUUUGUGUAUAACAAAAGAGAACUAGGCAAAAACCAAACGUAAACAAGGCAUCGCGAACUUGUGCAAUCCAGCGACAAAAACAAAAGACCCGCGACUUGGUGGUUCCCAAGCCACAAAAAACAAAAAAAAAUAUAAAAAACGACGGUUGAAGUGCAAUUUACAAGCAGCGCCCAAAUCAGAAAGAAAAUCGAAAUGGAAGCGUGGAAACAACUGACAAACGGGGGGCGUUUUCUGCUGGUUCUCUUGAUCUGCACCUCCCACUUGGCCCACCGAAUUUCCGCCUGGCGCCCCUGUCCGGAGCUCAGUCCCGCCCUGCGAUUGCCGUGCAGAUGCAAUGUGGUUCCGUUUGCGGCGACUGGUCAACUCGGAGCCGUGGCCAUGGACUGCGAUCGCGUUGUCUUCCACGGCGAUGCACCGCAGCUGCCUUAUGGAGCGCCCAUCGUGGCGUAUACGCAACGCCACAGCGGCCAACAGGUGCUGCCCGCCCAGACAUUUGGCCAACUGAAACUGACUAUUGAGGAGCUGGAUCUAUCUUACAAUCUGAUCCGAAGAAUUCCGGAGAAAGCAUUUGAUGGGCUGAAGGAUUCACUAAACGAAUUGCGUUUGGCAAACAAUUUGUUAGGUGACAACCUAAAUCCCAUCUUUUCCACUGCCGAAUUGCACGUGCUGAAGAACCUACGCCUUUUGGAUUUAUCCGGAAACAAGAUCAAGUUGAUCGAGGAGGGCCUUUUAAAGGGCUGCAUGGAUCUGAAGGAGUUCUACAUCGAUCGCAAUAGCUUAACAACAGUACCUACAAAUUCUCUAAAUGGACCCAGUGCCCUGAGGCACCUGUCGCUGCGCCAUAACCAGAUUGGAUCACUCCUACCGGACUCUUUCAACGCCCAACGUCAGUUGGAGAUUAUCGAUCUUCGUCACAAUGUUAUUCGCAUUAUCGACAGUCAGGCCUUCAAGGGAUUGCAGAAAAUUCGGGAAAUCAAACUGGCUGGAAAUCGGAUUAGUAAUCUGAACAGCGACGUUUUUGAGAAGUUGCCGUCUUUGCAAAAAUUGGAUUUAUCUGAGAACUUCUUCAACCAGUUUCCCACGGUGGCCAUGGCAGCAGUUCCCGGAGUAAAGCACCUUAAUCUGUCCUCAAAUAUGUUACAGCAAUUGGACUACACCCACAUGCAAGUGGUGAGGGCCUUAGAAAGUCUGGAUAUUAGUCGCAACAGCAUAACCAGUAUAACACCAGGAACUUUCCGGGAGAUGGGUGCUCUCAAGUACCUGGAUCUGAGUUUGAACUCAUUGAGAACAAUCGAAGAUGAUGCCUUAGAGGGGUUGGACAGCCUGCAAACCCUUAUUAUCAAGGAUAAUAAUAUUCUUUUGGUGCCCGGAAGUGCCCUGGGUCGUCUACCCCAAUUGACAUCACUUCAGCUGGACUACAAUAGAGUGGCUGCUCUUUCUGCAGAGAUCCUUGGAUCGAUUCAAGCUGGAGAUGUAACCACUCUGUCAUUAUCCAGGAACGUUAUUCGCGAAUUACCGCCCAACAGUUUCCAGAUGUUUAGCAGUCUGAACUCCUUGGAUCUCUCUGGGAAUUCCUUGGCUUUGAUUAAUGCGGAUACUUUUGCUGGGCUGGAGAGCACUUUGAUGGCCUUGAAGCUAUCUCAAAACAGACUUACGGGUUUGGGAGGAGCGCCCUGGGUUCUACCCGAGUUAAGAAGUCUAGAUCUGAGUGGGAAUACGCUCACCGAGUUACCCAUUAACAUUUUUGAGGAGCUGGAGAACCUGCAAUCACUCAACCUGAGCGGAAAUCAUUUGACUCCUCUGAAUGGAGCUCUCCUCAAACCUUUGGAUCGCCUUCAAGUCAUCGAUUUAAGUCGCUGUAAUAUUCGCCAAAUAAGUGGAGACCUCCUGGCAGGAUUGCAGGACCUGAAGCACAUUUACCUUAAUGACAAUCAAUUGCAGGAGUUACAGGAUGGCAGUUUUGUGAAUCUAUGGAAUAUUAGCUCCAUCGAUCUUUCUAACAACCGCAUUGGGUCCAUUCGUACCGGUGCCUUUGUGAAUGUGAUGAAGUUGAAAAAGCUGAAUCUUCAUGGAAAUCAGUUGUCUGCCUUCAAGGGAGAAUAUUUUAACACGGGUACUGGAAUUGAGGAACUGGAUAUUUCAGAUAACCAACUGAGCUACCUGUUCCCCUCAUCCUUUAGGAUUCAUCCGAGAUUAAGGGAGAUUCGAGCGGCCAACAAUAAGUUUUCCUUCUUUCCGGCGGAACUUAUUUCCUCCCUCCAAUAUCUCGAGCAUAUCGACCUCUCUCAUAAUCAACUGAAAACCAUUGAGGAACUGGACUUUGCAAGAUUACCGCGACUUCGAGUUCUCCUCGUUGCCAAUAACCAAUUGGAUAUGGUCAGCGAAAUGGCCUUCCACAAUUCCACGCAACUUCAGAUUUUGGAUCUGGCCCAUAACAAUCUGGAUCGCAUUGGAGAGCGGACUUUCGAGGGCUUAGUGCGGUUGGAGCAACUCAACCUUGAGGGCAACCGGUUGUCAGAGCUUUCGGAUGGAGUCUUCGAGCGCUCAAAGCUACAGAUGUUGGAGAAUAUCAACCUGGCUCACAAUCGCUUUGAAUAUGCUCCCUUGAAUGCCCUGCAGAGACAGUUCUUCUUUGUGUCUUCUGUAGAUCUGAGUCAUAACAAGAUCAAGGAAUUACCCGGAGAUGACAGCAUAAUGGUGAACAUAAAAAGGAUUGACCUCUCCUUUAAUCCAUUGAGUGCCAAGGCAGUACGCAAUGUACUCAAUGAGCCCAAAACUGUGAGGGAACUCAGUUUGGCGGGAACGGGUAUUGAGCAGUUGGAUCUCCUGGAGACACCCUUCCUGCAGUUCCUUAAUCUCUCUCACAACAAACUGAAGAAUGUUAGGCCAGAGGUGUUCCAAAGAGUGACUCUGUUGGAAACCUUAGACCUCUCCAGCAAUGAGCUGGAAUCCCUAGACGAUCUAUCCGGUGCUUGGCCUCAACUACAGGUGCUUCAAACCCUGGAUGUGUCCAAUAACAGCUUUGAAAUCGUUUCGCAAUCCAACUUUGGUAAGCUGGAGAUGCUGAGGUCCUUGAGUUUGAAUCAUCUGCCCCUGUGCACGAGGAUUGAGAAGAAUGCCUUUAGGCAACUGCCCAAUCUGAUCAACCUGGAGGCCUAUGAUCUUCCUUUGCUGGGCUACCUGGAUCUUCAGGGCAUCUUGGAGCUUCUGCCUGGCUUGGAAACUCUUGAUAUUGAAGUUAAGGACUCCAGCAUAGGAAGUGAGCAAAUUCAGCCUCUAAAACAUCCUCGUCUCAAGAGUUUGGGAAUCAGGGGUGAGAGAUUGAAGUCCAUAUCUUCUGGAACCUUGGCGGGACUGAAGAGCAGUGACCUGAGUGUCCAGUUAAGGAACACAUCCUUAAGUGCUCUGCCACCAGCGUUGCUCUUUCCGGUGCCACGAUCCUCCCAUCUCAACCUGGAUGUGGAGGGAUCCAAGAUCACAGUGCUGGUGCCACAGUUUCUGAAUGCUCUGGAAGAUCGCAGAGCGAGUUUGCAGCUAAAAGGAUUGGAAAGCAAUCCUGUAGUCUGCGAUUGUAAUGCUCGAGCCCUCCGGCGUUGGCUUCCCAAUUCGGGAAUGCCGGAUGUGACCUGUGCUUCGCCUGCGUUUCUGGUCAACCGAAAGCUUAUUGAAGUUGGGGAUGAUGAACUGACCUGUGAUGCCCGCAGAAUGACUUCCUCCACCUCAAGACCCACUGCUUCAGUGCCGCAUAUGCUUAAGACAUCCAGUCAGUUGGUGACCAGGAGCAGCUCCACCACCGAAGAACCGCUGAUUAUCUGGAGUCUGGAACCCACACAGCCACCUAGCCUGAAGAAGAUUAAGACCAAGGCUCCCCUGAUGAAGGCACAAUCUCCGAUCAUUAGCAAUGACGAUACUCUGAUCAUAGGAAUCGUGGGAGGAGUGGUGGCCUUCAUAGCCAUACUCAUCAUUAUCAUCUGCAUCAUAAGGCUGCGCAUGAGCAACGCCGAGUACCAGCAGAAUGCAGCGAUGAUUGGUCUUCCGGCUGGCAUGCAAAUGGGAGCCCAUAAUGCAGCCUACAAUUACAAGAAUGGAGCGGGAGCAGCCCUGUACGCAGUGCCUCCUUACCAAGCGAGCUACGCAACGCUGCCCCACAAGGCGGCCUCCAUCCAUCAGUCCAGUCAGAAUCUAUCCCAGCGACAGCAGCAACAGCAGCAGCAGCAACAGGUUGCUGCGGCGGCGGCUGCCUACUCGACCAUGUCCCGCAUGUCGUACUUCAGUGGAGCGGGCGGAGGAGCCGGCGGAAAUGGCGAUGGAGCCGAAAGCCUCACGCACCAGCAUCCGCACCAGCAUCAGCCCUAUAUCAUAUACUCGGACGACAAGGCCUACAGAUAAGCCAGCCGAUCUGGGGUGGUGCUUUAUCUUUCCACACACUCCUCCAUUCUGUCCAUUUUUCAAUCUUAGUCAGUCAGUCAGGCGCAUCGCCGCAAACAGGUUCUACAUUAUAUCGCCGCUCUCAGCCAACGUUGUAUAUAGACUUUAAAAAACAUUCUUACUGUAACCCUAACUAUAUCUAUUUCUAACCAUAAUUAAGUGCAAGCAAAUCGCUUAUGCGGAAUAAACAAAUCUAGUAUAAUACACA